CCCCCUGAACAUGAAGGCCUCAACUCUACUACCCAGCUACAGUUGCGCAUUCCCAGGCGCUGAGGCGCCCAAACCAUCUCCUCUCCUCCCACCACCCAACAGGGCGUCACCCGUGAGCGUGAGGCCGUGACGAUGGCAGCUGCAGGUCUGCUCUGCCUCUGCCUCGUCUCCGCUCUAGCCUUCUCUUCGUGCUCGUUGUCGCUGGCUAGCAACCAGCGGGACGCCGACAGGGUGGCGCGCCUCCCCGGCCAGCCGGAGAGCCCGAGCGUGUCGCAGUUUGCCGGCUACGUCACGGUGAACGAGCGGCACGGGAGGGCGCUCUUCUACUGGUUCUUCGAGGCGCAGACGACGCCGGAGGAGAAGCCGCUCCUCCUCUGGCUCAACGGAGGACCUGGCUGCUCGUCAAUUGGCUAUGGAGCUGCAUCGGAGCUGGGGCCUCUCAGAGUUGACAGUCAAGGAGCAGAGCUGAAGUUCAAUGAAUAUGGAUGGAAUAAAGAGGCUAACCUGCUGUUCUUGGAGUCUCCUGUCGGGGUUGGCUUCUCCUACACCAACAAAUCCUCUGACCUUGACAAUCUUAAUGAUGUCUUUGUAGCUGAAGAUUCUUAUAGCUUCCUAGUGAACUGGCUACAGCAAUUUCCGGAGUACAAGGACAGAGAGUUCUACAUCGCUGGGGAGAGCUAUGCAGGUCAUUAUGUGCCACAACUUGCUGAACUUGUUUAUGAAAGGAACAAGGACAAGAAGGAAAAAUCAUACAUCAACCUCAAGGGGUUCAUUGUCGGCAACCCUAUCACUAAUGAUUACCAUGACUCGAAAGGGCUCGCUGAGUAUGCCUGGAGCCACGCAGUUGUACCAGAUGAAGUAUACAGCCGCAUAAAAAAGUACUGUGACUUCAAGAACUCCAAUUGGUCUGAUGAUUGCAGUACCGCCAUGGACGUCAUCUAUAGCCAGUACCGAGAGAUCGACAAAUACAACAUCUAUGCCCCCAAGUGCCUUCUAAAUCAGACUUCUGCAUCUUCCACAACUCGAGCAUUCUUCGAGAAUGAUCAUUUCAGGAGAAGGAUACGAAUGUUCUCUGGCUAUGAUCCAUGCUAUUCAUCCUACGCCGAGAAUUACUUCAACAAGGGGGAAGUGCAGAGAGCAUUCCAUGCAAAUGUCAGUGGGUUGCUUUCAGGGAAAUGGCAAGUCUGCAGUGACCCUAUCCUGAAUUCCUACAAUUUCUCGGUAUUUUCGGUCCUACCAAUAUAUUCGAAGCUCAUCAAAGCAGGGCACAGAGUUUGGCUCUACAGUGGUGACGCAGAUGUUAGGGUUCCUGUCAUUGGCUCCCGGUACUGUGUGGAAGCACUCGACCUGCCGAUCAAGACCCAGUGGCAACCCUGGUACCUUGAUAAACAGGUUGCCGGGAGGUUCGUGGAGUACCACGGCAUGAGCAUGGUGACGGUCAGGGGUGCAGGCCACCUGGUGCCCCUCAACAAGCCUGCCGAAGGGCUGACGCUGAUCAACGCAUUCCUUCGCGGACCCGGUUGCUUCUCGAUUGGCUAUGGAGCUGCAUCUGAGCUGGGGCCUCUCAGAAUUACCAGACAAGGAGCAGCCCUGAAGUUCAAUGAAUACGCCUGGAACAAAGAGGCUAACCUACUAUUCUUGGAGUCUCCUGUUGGGGCUGGCUUCUCCUACACCAACACAUCCUCUGACCUUGACAAACUGAAUGAUGACUUUGUAGCUGAAGACGCUUAUAGCUUCAUAGUGAACUGGCUACAGCGAUUUCCGGAGUACAAGGACAGAGAGUUCUACAUUGCAGGAGAGAGCUAUGCAGGUCAUUAUGUGCCACAACUUGUUGAUCUUGUUUCUGAGAGGAACAAGGAGAAGAAGGGCAAAACAUAUAUCAACAUCAAGGGGUUCAUUGUUGGCAAUCCUGUCACUGACGAUUACUAUGAUUCGAAAGGUCUAGCUGAGUAUGCCUGGAGCCACGCAGUUGUGUCGGAUGAAGUAUACAGCCGCAUUAAGAAGCACUGUGACUUUAAAAUUUCUAAUUGGUCUGAUGAUUGCAACGCCGCCAUGGACAUUGUGUAUGGUCAGUACCAAGAGAUCGACAUGUACAACAUAUAUGCCCCCAAAUGCCUUCUAAAUCAGAGUUCAGCAUCAUCUGCAAACCGUGCAUUCUUCGUGAAUGAUCAGUUCAGGGGAAGGAUACGGAUGCUCUCUGGCUAUGAUCCCUGUUACUCAUCCUAUCCUGAGGUCUACUUCAACAAGCAGGAAGUGCAGAAAGCAUUUCAUGCGAAUUUCAGUGGAUUGCUUCCGGGGAAAUGGCAUGCCUGCAGUGAUCUCAUCCAGAACUCCUACAACUUUUCGGUAUUCUCGGUCCUACCCAUAUACUCUAAGCUCAUCAAAGCAGGACUGAGAGUGUGGCUCUACAGAUGGUUGGGUCCCAGUGAUCGGCUCCCGGUACUGCGUAGAAGCACUUGGCCUGCCGAUCAAGACCCAGUGGCAACCCUGGUACCUCGACAAACAGGUUGCUGGGAGCCUGGGAGGUUUGUGGAGUACCAUGGCUUGAGCAUGGUGACGGUCCGGGGCGCAGGCCACCUGGUGCCCCUCAACAAGCCUGCUGAAGCGCUGACGCUGAUCAACGCGUUCCUCCGUGGUGAACAGCUUCCAACACACCGUUGAUGGACUUGCAACUUGGACUCUUGCAUUGGCUCAACAAGUUAGCGUAUCUGCUAGAAGUUUGAAUUUGGGACUUGUUUAUCAUUGUUGGCCGAUACUUGGUGUACAAAGUUUGAUAUUUUUUUGGAAUAAUAGGUCGUGCCAUAGCCCACAGAUGG